UUAGUGAGGAUCCCCCCGAAAGUAACAGUAGUGCCCUCACAACGGAAGAUUGACACAACCCAGAGAAAGCCUGACUCCAUUUUAUAAAGUAAAAUUAAAUUAAUGUUCUUAUUGGUGAUUACUGUUAUAUGAUGCCUCCUGAAGACAAAAAACAUUGUUCUCAAACUUUACCUCCCGAUGUACUUAGCAACCUUCCGGAGUAUGUAAUUGAUUCCAUUUUGAUGUGUUUGCCUUUUAAAGAUGCUGUGAGGACUAGCGUCUUAUCAAACAAUUGGAGAUAUAAAUGGUGCGGACUACCAGAGUUGACGCUUGAUGAAGCUGUUUGGACAACUAAAAAGAAUUUGUUUUUUCAUACAGCUGAAAUUACCAAGAUUAUUUCCCACAUUCUGAUAUUUCAUGCAGGACCGAUUACAAAGUUUAUCCUCUGUGUUCCUAAGUCGAGAAGCUGUCAUAUGAUUGAUGACUUGAUAUAUUUCCUCUCUAAAAAUGGCAUUCAACAUUUUGUUCUUGAACUUCCAUUCAGGGAUGACCCACACAAAUUGCCUUCUUCAUUUUUCAAAUGUUUGCAGUUGAGGCAUUUGACUCUCCAGAAAUGUUUAAUAAUUCCUCCACCGGCCUUCAAAGGAUUUCAUAGGUUAAUUAGGCUGGAGCUAUGUGAAGUUACAAUAUCUUCCGAGUGGCUUGGAAGUUUAAUCUCUCAUUGCUUGUUGCUCGAGCAUUUGGUGCUGCAUAUUGCAUAUUCUUAUAGCAAAGUCAUUGUAAUCAAUGCUCCCAGGCUGAGAUCAUUUUACUUCGCAGGCAGUAUAAGAUCUAUCCUUAUAAAGAGUGCCCUUCUUCUGGAAAAACUUUUACUUACAGAUAAUGAAGCAGGUUAUUUGGGGGCAGAAAAAUGGGAUAUUGUGAAGUUUUUCGAGUCUUUUUCUGCUGUUGAGCAUCUCUGCGUGAAUAUGUUAUUUGCUGCAGAAGUAGGUGAAAUACCAACAAGGCUUCCCUUUGAUCUUAACUGUGUCAAACAGCUUUACAUAACUGUUGAUCUGUAUGACUCGGCUGAGGUUUCAUGUGCUUGUUGCUUGAUAAGUAGCUUUCCAUAUUUACAAUAUAUGGAGAUUCAGGAGGCUUGUUGUGGUGAUGGUGUAGCAGAUCAUCGAAUGGAACUUCCCUCAGACGUGACAUUUAAUCACCUCAAGGAAGUUAAGCUAAUACUUACUAGUGGCUCAAUCAUUGAGAUGCAGCUUGCCAAGCUUCUGUUAGCCAAGUCUCCCCUGCUGGUGAGAAUGCUAAUCGAGUCAUGUCGAGCUAAAGGAACUGCAACAGUCAAAAAACUCGUUGAUGAGCUAACAACAUUUCAAAGUGCAUCACCUGAAGCAGAAGUUGUCUUCAUCAAACGCUAGUACAAGAUCAAGAUUACGAUCCUGUUUAUUGAUCUUCAGCAGUCUUUAAUCAAUCUAUGAUCGUUAUUUUGGAAGUUAAAUUGAAUAGUUUUUUGGUUGAAAAUGAAAUUUUUUAAUCAACCAAGUAUAACUAUAUACAACUGCUAGCUCCUUUGGACUCUCGAGCUAGUUCUCCAUAUCCAUUCACUACCUAUCUAGUUUGCAAAAUUGUCGAAGAAUCCUGCUACAUCUAGAUACGAAGCUAUUCAAACUAUUCAACAGGUUUCUCCAUUUGUGAUUCUUAUGUCCUUGAGUAUGCAUCAUUUUUGGGUAGAUGCGCGGUGGAUGAUUUGACUCGUCUGAUGUGUAAUUUGUCAUGACAAUGCUAAUGGUUCUUGGACUUUACUUCA